AACAAUUUUAAGAAAGAACAAGGACAAGACAAAAGCCUGAAAAGAAAACCAGCCACCUCCCAGUCUCAAAACCUAACUCCAGCACCAACGCCUGUCCCUACCCCGCCCCCUGUCCCUACCCCGCCCCUCUGCCCAUGCAGAGCCAGCCACAGAAACCUCAGCAGUCAUCCCACAGCCAGCAGGACUCUCUUCUGGAUCAUCUAAAGACUGCAAAUACACCACCACAGUCUCAAGUCUCUGAGGUUCAACCCGCAACAACAGACCCAGCCUCUGAGAAUGACACAGCAGGCACAUCCCUCCAGCCUCUAGAAAACCAGCUAGAAAUAUCUGAGAAUGAGAUUGAAGGAAAGAUGUGCAGUGACUCAGCAGGUGCUGCCCUGUCUGGAAAGGUUUCAAACAAAGAUCCGACUGAUCCACCGUCACGGCCCAUAACACCGGAUAAUGACGCUCCAGUAGCAGAGCAGCCUCUGACAGGUAGCGUCAGUCAAGAGAAUCAACACUCCUGCUCAGGUCCAACCCCAGUAUACCCUGAAUCCUCAGUCAGCUUGGAGAGCUCUUCUUCAUCUUUGGUUUGUCUCGCUGGAGGAAAGACUGAAUCUAAUACCCAGCAGCUUUCUACCAUCCCCUCCACAUCAUCCUCCUCUUCAUAUUCAAAUACUCCACCACCUCUUUUUCCCUCCCCACUUUUUCACACGUACUUAUCAGCUCAGCAGUCGCACAGCACUUACCCUCCUGGAUACCCACCUGCCACACCCAUCUGGACCCUUCCAGCCCCCCAGGGUACCCCUAUCCCUUCCCUUUGCUCCUCUACUACCACCACCUCCUCCAUCCCUCAUCUCAUUCCCCAGGAGUGGUACAAGUAUCAGAGAAAGAAAAAAGAGAGGUCACCUCAAAGAGCAUCUGGCUACAGACGGUCCUCUUCACAUUCAAAGUCUUCCACAACCAAGGCCUCUUGCUCCUACUCUCAGUCUUCAAGUCGCUCUGAGUCUCGCUCUCGCUCCAGAAGCAGAUCAAGACACCGCUCUCCCUACUCUCAUCAGAGAGACCUGCACACACGCUCUCGCCAGCCUAGCUCUUAUACCUACUGUUAUAAACGCUCGCGCUCACCUACACCAUCCUCGUCGUCUUCACCUCGAAGGGCUCGUCAUUCCAGGUCCAAGUCUCCAUCAGGCAGAAAGGACCGCCAUCACAGUCGCCAUCGUAGCAAGAAGUCAUCUUCAAGCAGCAACCACUCCAGGAAGCGGGGAGAGCGCUCAGGGAAGGAAGCGGCACGCUCAGAGGACAGUAUUUCCAGAAACAUGUGCACAAGUCAAACAAACAGCCUGGAGCUGGACAGGGAGUGCUACCUGCAGUGGAAGAAUGAGUACAAAGAGUGGUAUGAGAAAUAUUUCAGCAGCUAUCAUCAGCUCCACCAGCUGCCUGUUCCCUUACUCAGUCUUCCUCCUCCUCCUCCUCCCCCUCAGUGGGUGAGCACAGACAGAAGCAGAAAUCAAUCGCAAGCCAGCUUGAACUCUCGCUACCAACCACAAGAUAGAUGCCCUGCUGAGAUGGAUGGCUGCUCCCCCUCGUCGGAGUCAUCCAGUGACAGUCGCUCUCCCCCAUCUCAUUCUUCAAGCGAGAGUCGCUCCACGCCGUCUCAGUCAUGUAGUGACAGCAGUUCCUCUGUGUCUUUUAAGGCUAAUGACAGCCGAUCACCUCCAUCUCAGUCGUCCAGUGACAGUCGCUUCACGCCAUCUGAAGACAGAGCUCAGCCGAGAGCAUCUACUGAGAGGUGCAAUGAGAAGUCAAGACAUAAACAAGUCACGCUUUCAAAGAGUAGCAUGGGAAUGAAACUGCAAGGACCGAGUACAGACAAUAAGCCACUGAAAAAACUGGAGGAGUCAAGCCCACUGAAACAUGAACAAAAGAAGAAGAAGAAACAACCUGAAGACAAUGGACAGGAGACUUCGCCCGCUCAUGCUGAAAGCUCUAGAGAUGACAGCAGAAAGGACAAGAGGAAGCACAGCAGUGAACCAAAGGCCUGCAAGCAUAGUACUCCAGUACAGAAAGAUUCAGACCAAACUGUCCUGAAACAAGACCAACCUGAAAGAAAAUUCAUGGAAAGCAAUUCAGAAGGAGAGGAAUGCUGGAAAAGAGGCAGAGAUUUAGACUUUAGUGAUGGGAAGAGACAGCACGAAGCAAAACCCAACAAAGAGCUAGACGGGACGAGCAAAGAGCGAGAAGAAAACCCUGGAGGCAGCAAAACUCCUGACUCUAGAUUAGAGGAGAAUAGGAAAAGAAAGAAUGAGGAUCUGGUGAAGAAUGAAAGGGAUGGUAGUCUUUCUGGUGAGAUGCAAAGUGGCAAACACCUGAAAACAAAAACAGCAGAGGAGCCUGAAAACCGUCUUAGUGAAUUCCUGAAACCACUUGACAAAGAGAAGCAAAAAACAGAGAAGAAGUCAGAGAAGAAAACAUGGCCUCUGACAGCGAAAGACAUCUGGGAGGAAGGGAUGAAGGUGAAACCGCAGAUGAAGAUAAGCAUCAACAUCAACCUGGAUGGCAAAAGGAAAGAGGAGAACAAUGGAAAACACGAGGUUACAGGGAAGGCGCAGGAAAACAUCAAUUACCCUGAAAAUAGAGAGGAGGUUCAGAGGGUCAACAGAGGUGAACUAAAUGAAAAGGAAUCCAGUAGAAACCAGGAAGACCGUUCUGAAGACAAACUGAUACAAGGUGAGGGAGAAACAAGACUGACAUGGGACAAAUUUACCUUCAGAGAUGAUAAGGGAGCAAUUGCAGGAGAGGAGGAAAACCCCAGAGAAAGAAAAGAUGAUGAAGACGAGGGGGAAUUAGACUUAUGGCACUGUGCGCUCACGGGAGUGGAGGAGAGUGAGACAGAAAAGGGGGAAGAAGAGAGUUUGAGAGAUGACGACAAAGAUCAAGAGAUGGGAGACUCGCAGAAGGAGCAAGAAAAUACAGAAGCGUGGAAGGAGGAGCUGAUGGAAGGCAUCGAGAUGAUGACGAGGGAGGAAGGUACACUGAGGUUCAGCUCAUCAAGGAGCAAAAAUGAAGGCCACCAAGAUGGACCUAACACCAAGCUGGGUGAUGGCAGCCGUGAAGAAGAGAGUCAUCAGAGGAGGACAGUGGUGAAAACGUUGGAGAAAUACACCCAAGAAAGAUGGAAGGAGCUGGUACACAUUCAGGCACCCCGAUCAACAUGGGAGAGAGACGAUGAGCAGGAUGAAGGAAAAGCCAGAGUUCACACUGACCGUGUUUCUUUGACUCUGCCUCAACCGCCAGUGACCAACAAAGUAGAGGGUGACGAGGAACAGCGGGGAGAGAGGCGCAGGGAGAAAGCGAGAGAUUCUCCUUGCUCCUGGUCACACAGAAGUGUGGCUCCCUCUAGUGGCAAAGACAGAGCUGUAAGCACCACAUCUGCAAAUGCAGGCAAGGAGACGAGGAGAGAGAUGGACAGGCAGAGGAACAGAGAGAGGGAGAGGCAACAAGAGAGGAAAAGGUCAAAAGAACAAACAAGAGAGGAAGGAAGCGGGAGAGACGGGGACAAAGAGCGAAAACGCACUGCCUAUCUCCCCACCUCCUCUCAGUUUUACUCCUUCUCAACAUCACACGAUGCAGAUAGGACAGAUCUGCAAUACGGGGGCAGCCAGGGUAGCAACAAGAGUUCAUCCUGUCCCAGCGGGAAAUUCACCAGUGCCAGAAACAGGGAAAGCAGCACGAUAAGCAGAGAACCCGUCCUGCCUGAUGAAGAUGCACAGAAAACACACAGAGAGCCAUCACUGAAUCUCAGAUACAAAGAUAAAGACUACAGCCACUACCACAGUAACCACCAAGAUUCAUCAGGGAGUGAUCGAAAUAAAGACAGAGCUCCAGGGACACACCACUCCCACAGCCGGGGUAAAGGCAGAGACCUGCUCCCCUUUGAAUCUCCUGGAUACUCUCAAAGAGAAUCCCCUCAUUUGGGGUUAAUGCAGAGCAAAGCUGGAAAAGAAGAGUGGAAACCAAACAAGGCUGAGAAAUUAGUCAAAGAAGGCAUAGAGGGGAGAGAAAAUCGAGGCAUGAUGGCUGUGCAGGGUGGAGGUGCCUGGUGGGAGCAUGAGGCUGAUUAUAAAGUGGAUGGAGAAGAAGGCUGGUUCGGGGGAGGGAGGGAUCUGGAGGAAGGGGAGAUGCUCAGCAGCCGAAGCAGCAGCGUCGGCUCGUCAGCGAGCCAGGGGAACAGCAAAGACGACAAGAGGACAGAGAAGGAGAGGAAACAAAAAAGGCAGAAAAAAGAGAAAAGGCAGGCGACCCUGGAGCAGCCGCAGGACAGAGAGCUGAAGAAACACACACACAAGAAGUCCAAGAACAGCAGAGAGGGCGCAGAAGAGGAGAGCGGAGGAGAGGGGGCCGACAGGUGGAAACGAAAGGAAAACCACUGAUCCCCACUCGGAUGUGUCACCUCGACUCUAAAAAUAAAGUUAAAUUUACUUGAAUGAUGUUUUUUCUCUGACCAACAGGUGCCUGGAUUUUGUUUUUUGUUGUUACUUUUGUUUAAUUUUUGCUCCAGGAUACGUUUUGUAUCACGUUAAGAUCUUCAUAAUUCAUUUAUAGCAUUCGCAAUCCUCGUAUAAAAUUGUGAAGAAACGGCACUUUAUACAAAAUUCAAAAAAAAGAAAUGAAUGUGACUGAAAUCACAGGGCGAAGCUUAACGCUCUUGAAUUAUUUUGACUUGAAGGAUUUUUGCACUUGUUUACAACUUGCUCAGGACUGCCAGCAGUUA